AUGGCAUUGACUGUCAAGCAACGAUUCUUCCUAGCAGUUCUAGUUCUUACCUUCCCUUUGUCUGCAAUAAGUGGAGACCCUGAUAUUUUAUCUGAUUUUGUGGUUCCAAUUGGAGUCAAUGCCACUCUAUUGGGUGGAAACUUUUUCACCUAUACUGGCAUGAGGCCACUCAUUAACUCUGAUCCACCAACAAAUUUCAUUGUAACUAAAGGAACCAUGGCUGAAUUCCCUGCCCUUAAUGGACAAACUGUUUCCUAUGCUGUUUUAGAGUACCCUGCUGGUUCUGUUAACCCUCCUCAUACUCAUCCUCGUGCUGCUGAGCUUUUGUUUCUCACCUAUGGCAUACUUGAAGUUGGAUUUGUUGACACUACUAACAAGCUGUUUACUCAAAUACUUCAAGCUGGUGACAUUUUUGUGUUCCUGAAGGGAUUAGUCCAUUAUCAGUUCAAUUGUGCUAAAAGCGAUUUCGCAGUUGCGGUUUCAGCCUUUGGUAGUGCAGCUGCUGGUACCAUUUCGGUUCCCUCUACGGUGUUUGUGACGAACAUUGAUGAUGAGAUCUUAGCAAAGUCAUUCAAAAUCGACAUGCAAACAAUUCAGAAGCUCAAAGCAGGGUUUGCACCUAAGGCCUGA